UUGUGGUGAAAUGUGUCUCUCCAGAUGUUUUACAUAUGGCUUUAGCUAAACUUGAGAUUGUAACAAUGAGGCAGUACAUUUAAAAGUUACUACAAAGUAAUAGAAUUAUUAUAGAGUAAUAAAUACAGUAAAGUACCUUUUAACUUUUAGCUUAGUUUACCCCUAUUAAUAAUUUAGGUACUGUAUGGUGAAUUCAUCGGCUAGCUUUCGCCUAUUGUAAAUAAAAGGCUUUUGCAAAAACUGAUUUCAAGGGCCAAGUGUGUGUCGUUUUCUAUCCCAGCCAAACACAAGUUUUGGCCCAAGAACCGAUAUAUCUGCUCUUUGGAAACUACAGUCUGAGGCAAAGAGAAUAGGACGCUACAAAAUGCUUUUAUUGUGAAGGUUGCAUGGCUUUGUCCUCCUUUCUGUUGUCGCUCGUGCUGUGUAACUUUACAGAACAAGUAGCGGCUCUCGAUGGGAGGCUUGUGCUCAGGGGAACCAGCCAGAGUGGACGCUGUUAGCCUAGCCAACAUAGCCUGCUAGCGAGUCAUCUGCUGUUGUGGGUUUGCCAGUAUGCUAAUAGGGGCAGCUUAACCGCAACACACUGCAGCAAGUCUCCUGUCUGACUCCGUAGAGGUCCAGCCGAGCUGAACCCCGCUGAGCCAUGCGACAGUGGUGUGUCCCCGCUGCGACCCCUCGCACUGAACCGCUCCCGGGGCGCCUGUCUGUGUCACCCCCUCCGCCAGAUGCCAGGAUGGAGUGCUGUGAGGUGGAGCCACGCUACACCAUCGAACAGAUCGACCUCCUGCAGCGCCUGCGUCUGUCCGGCAUGACCAAACCUCAGAUCAUCCACGCUCUGGAGUCCCUGGAGAGGCUCGACCCAGACCACCGCCCCUCACACUGUGACUCUCAACCCGCCCCAUCCAACAACACCCCCACCACGGCCGCUCCAGCCCCAUCCUCAUCUUCAUCCUCCUCCUCCUCGCUCUCCCUCGCCUCUGCUACCACGCAGACCUCCGGCCUAGACGGCGCCGCUCUUUCCCCCAGCAAUAGCUACGAGGCCUCGCCUCCGCCCCUCUACCCUCCCAGCGUGGCGGUUCAGCGGUCAUUCAGCUACGACAUGAUGGGGGAGGAGGAGUGGGACCUGGAGGAGAAGGUGGAGGAGUACAUGAGGAGAGACAGCAACCUGGUGAAAGAAGAGAUCAAAACUUUCCUCAACAACCGAAGGAUCUCUCAGGCAAUCGUAGGCCAAGUUACAGGCAUCAGCCAGAGUUACAUCUCCCAGUGGCUGCUGCAGCAAGGUCUGGAAAUGAGCGACUCCAAACGCAGAGCUUUCUACCGCUGGUACCUGCUGGAGAGGAAUAACCCAGGGCUGAGGUGGAGUGAAAGCCAGCACAGCGUGAGUCCCAUGCCCAGGGCCAGGGGAGGGGACAGAGACGUGACGGUAGCAGGGGCAAGUGGCAGCCUCCCCAACAUCCUCCCCAACCCCAACACCAACCUCAACCCCAACCCAGUGUGGAGCAGGCAGAGAGAGCUGCUGAUGCACUUGCUGCCGUGGUACACUGCUGCUGCCGCGGCCGCCCAGGCCCAGCCAGGGGCCACCUUAUCAAUGCGGUCUUUGGUGAAGGAGGAACCUGAUUGGAGGACAGGGAUCAUGGCUGGCGACAGAGCAGCGAUGGUGGGCGGGCCUCUGAGGCUGCGUAGAGGAAGCAGGUUCACCUGGAGGAAGGAGUGCCAAUCAAUCAUGGAGAGUUUCUUCAUGGAGAACCAGUACCCAGAUGAAGCGAAGCGAGAGGAGAUUGCCAACGCCUGUAACUCAGUCAUUCAGAAACCAGGUUGUAAGCUAUCCGAGUUUGAGCGUGUGACGGCAUUGAAGGUGUACAACUGGUUUGCCAACCGUCGGAAGGAGAUGAAGAGAAGAGCGAAUAUCGAAGCUGCCAUUCUGGAAAGCCAUGGAAUUGAGGUGCCAAGUCCAAGCUGCCACUCUAAUGGUGAGGAAGGAGAGAUGCAAGAGUUUGCAGAUCAGGUGAAUCAUCGAUUCUCAGAGCAAGAAGAGCCAUCUUCCCUCAGGAUUGUUGACCAACAAGACCCCUCCUCAUUGGCUACUACAGAGGUCGCAGCCCUGCCGAGCCCCACCCCUCAGGUCCUGGAUCAGAAAGAGGAGGAUUCAAAAAGGGAGACUGUGGAUGAAGAGUGACCAAAGCUGGUGGAGUUUGGAUCAUCGUGUUUUGAAUUUUAAUCAGAUGAAAUAGGAAAAGAAUAAGUGUCUCCUUCUCCACCCACGUAGGGCCUUUGGGGCCUAUGGCACCCAAAACUCAAAGGGAGAAGGGUGCCGAAGCUCGCUGAGGUGCCUCUGAUGGUAAGGAGGCCACUGUAUUUAUCAACAGUAAUCCUGCUUAUAUUAAUGGCAAUAUACAGUAUAUAUAUAUAUAUAUAUCAAUAUAUAGUGCAUUCCAAGAUGGUAUUAAAAAGCCUAAAUUCCUUAGAGGGAGAAUUAUGUAAAGGAUACCUCGCCCAUUUUAAGCUACGCCUUUUCUCUUUUCUUUGCUACACGCCUUCUUUUAGCCUUUCAGAGUGGUUGUUUGAUGGACAUGAACGUGCUGAGCCUGCAGGUCAGGUGUGUUUGGGUGUGGGGAUAAAGUACGCUAUCAUGGAUCUAGUUUAUGGUGACACGAAAGCCCUCUGCUUGCUCGAAUGUCUUUGACUCCAUCUGGUUUGUAAGACUCUAACCUCAAUCAGUCGAUCAGUCGACGUGUGCUGACGCUAUCAAAUCCAUAAAGCCCUGAGGGACAACUGCAAUCUCAGGUAAUCCCAAAAAAAAACAGGUGGAUAAAGACAGUGAAGAGUUGUCUUUAACAUAUGCUUUGUUUUCUUCAUCUUAACUGUGUUUAACCAAAACAGGAUGUGUUAUUUAUACCUUUUUAUAUUAGCAAAAGAAGCCCAGGACAAUAUAUCAUAGUAUCAUCUGUCUUCUUUGUUAUACUGAAUGCUGCUGUUUGGUCAUUUUUGUAGUCCUCAUUUCAGAGUCUGUCUCAAUCCUCAACUCAGCCAGUGAAGCAAGACGACACAUGGAGUUUUUUUUUUCUGUUUUUUUGUUUGUUUUUUAACGUUUGAGAGAACGCUAAAACCAAUGUGAUCAAAAAUCAUAAUGCGUCGUUCUACAUGCUACAAGCACCUUCUCUCCUACUGGAAUAAGCUAAAGCUUAAGCUCAUGUAAAUUUGUAUGACUGCAAAGCUGCACUUCAAAGUGGAUCUCACUAUAAUUGAAAGAUGGGAGUUAACACACUGUACCUGCAUUAGACAUGUACAUAACCCAGAGAAUAUACACACGUCUGUGGGUGCUUUCCUUCCAAUUACAUUAGCACUUAUAUAGAAACUGUUAUUUGUCAAACUUGAAAUAUGAAUAGUCGACUUAAACUCCGCAUUACGUAGUCCCCUAUAAUUACUGGCCCAAGGCCUUGGGAGUUACUCCCUACGUGUUCAUGAAAUGGACAAAGACGCUUGUUCUCAAACGGCCCCCAACAGGGCGCUACCAUGUUACCUCCUAAUGCCAAAGCUAUGCCAAGGUAGAGAUGAGCUGCUACAGAGUAAACUGUGCUUACAGGAACAGGAUAUGACACAGUGAAGACACUAGAUAUACAGUACAUAGAUGUUUAUUUGCUCAGUACAACACUAGCCAACUCUAGCUUACCUCAGAAUAACUCUGUGUCAUGAAUGUGUUACAGGCUGACUGUCACGAAAGUGCCAGCAGCCGUUGUUGUGACUGUUUAUGAUACGGACAGUGUUAUGUAGCAUUUAUGACGGUGGGGGUUUGCCCUGUAUUGUUAACGUAUACUCACCUCAGUUCUCUCGUCCGGCUUUGGACAGGAACCCCAAAGCUGCACGCUGUUUCUGAUUAUUAUGCUCCUCUCUAUCUGCUUUUAUCUGAUGACGAGAAAACAAUAACAAUAAAAUUGUAAACAAUGGCUGUGAUCU